CUGGUGGCUCCCCUCCCCAGACUCCCAGGGCCCCAAGAGGUCAAGACCGACACGAAGCACAGCAAGCAACCCUUGGUUCCCCCAUGGCGGAGGACGACUGCAGGGGCAGUGACUUCCUCGAGUGGAUCGGCCCCGACGUCUCCGCUUGCAUCUUCCGCCGCCUCGACGACCCCGCCGACCUCGUCCGCUCCGCCGCCGUCUCCCGCUCAUGGCUCCAAUUCGUGCUCGAGAAAGUUGGGAUGAGCAUGUGCUUGCAGAUACGGCCAGAGGAUGCCAAUCUCGCAAAGGCGGAGGAGGAGGAGGUGAGCAGAUCGCGGCCAACGGCGCACGCCGAGUCCAGCCAUGGCGUCGAGCUCAAGAUCCGUGAGAGGGACUACAGGACGUACUCCUACGUCGAUGGCGCCCUCGUCCCCACCACCAUGCCCUCCGUUGAUUGCAUCCUGAACUGCGUUGGUGCCUCUAGCACCGAUCACUUCCCGGAAGAGAGCAUCGACAACACGCUCGUGCCGCAAGAUCGGCACCCCUGGUUCGACGUCUGGCAGGACGGCCCCGACGUGUUCGUGCCCUCCUACUGGUCCAGCGGCGGGCAGGACGAUCCCGACGCGCCGGAGAGCUUGACGUACAGGCUCAUAUCCGAUAUGUGCAUCAUAGAUGAGAUUAGGCUGCGACCGUUCGAAGCUUAUAUUCAGCCUGGAAAUCCUAUAUACUCUUCAAAGUCAGUGAGAUUUCGGCUGGGCCGUUCCAAGCUUCCUCGAGGAUCAGAGCCCUUUCUUAAUGAUGAAAAUCUAAUGGCACUUGCUGACGAAAAUUAUGUGUGGACUUACACAUCACCAGAGUUCCCUAUGUUGCAGGAAAAUGUACUACAGCCCUUCAAGCUCCCCCGUCCAGUCCUCUGCGGUGGUGUGGUGAAGGUUGAGCUUUUGGGUGCAGUGCAAAAGCAGGCAGCAGAUGAUAGGUACUACAUAUGUAUCUGCUACGCUCAAGUGAUAGGACGUUCACUUUGGCCAAUUUUCAUGCUCGACAUCUGUGAUCCUGUUGGUUAUUCGGUCUUCAAGUACUUGCCAGGUGCAAAAGACCUAUAUGGAGAGGAUGCAAAAUGCCACAGGAUCGCUGGGUAACACUCGCUUGUUGCUAGGUACAGGCACACGAGACAUCUCACGACAAUACGUGCUUGUUGGACAUGUCAGACAAUGAUCCAUUUGGGUAAGCGAACUUACGGGGUUUUACUGUCUGUAGUUUGUACGCCCUGCAAAUAUUUCUGAGGCAUUCUGCAACCUAGUUGAGAAAAUGCUGUUGUUCUGGUAGGUGUAAAGAGCAAAUGGUUUGUAGGUCUGCUCAACUUGAUCAUGCUAAUAAGCUAUGGUUUGCUCUGAUCUCUUGCCGAGCAUUAUGGCACAAUAUGAUAUAUAGUAUGUUGAUUGUGUACUCGCUGAGUGUAAAUCUUCCGAUUGUUUCAAACUA